CUCAAGUCAGGCUGUGGACACUGAUCUGUGCUCGUCAAUAAGAUUUCUCCUUAAUUUUUUCCGCUUGGAUAAACUGGAAUGUACCGAAAUCACACCAAAGACACCAACAACAACUGCAACAAAAACCUCCUGAAUGAUCACAAGGAAAAGCUUAUCCAGGCUAUUAAAAGAAUCAAGCACGAGGUAGAUGUGUGCAGAGAAGCAGAAAGAGAGACGUUCAUAGAGUCAUUGGAUGUAGAGAACAGUUUUGAUGCCCUGGAACGAGAAAUCAGAGCUGAGUUUCAGAACCUGCAUCGUUUCCUGGAUGAGGAGGAGUAUAAUGACCUUGAACGAAUGAGGAAGGAGAGACAGAAACAAGUGAAGCAGCUGAAGGAGAGAGAGAAGAAGAUAGCAGCGCAAGGGAGAGACCUGGAGAGAGCAAUCACGGUGCUCAACAGCAAACUGACCGAGGACGACAGCCCGAAACUGCUCAGAGAAAUUCAAGAUCUCACUAAAAGGUCUCAGGUCCGCUUUGUUCCUCCAGCGGAGGUGGACACUGAAGUGCGCUCUGGCCAGUUUGUGGGGCCCAUACAGUACAGGAUAUGGAAGCACAUGAAAAGCUGCCUUUACCCAAAUAUUACAUCAAUGACCUUUGACCCUGAGACAGCCCACCCUAAUCUGUCCAUGUCCCAGUCUUGCACCUCAGUAUGGUUUGAUGAGGAUAAAGACACCAGUGACUGCCAACCAAACCCACAACGGUUCCAUUAUUAUUACUGUGUGCUCGGCCAUCAGAGCUUCACCACAGGCCGACACUACUGGGAGGUGGAGGUGGGACAUAAGACAGCAUGGAGGUUGGGUGUGGCGCGAGCAGAUGUCCAAAGAGGGGAGAUGGAUGCUACUGGCACUUCCAGUGGCCUCUGGACGCUGGCCCUGAAGGGUGGAUCUGUCUUUGCCUGCACCGACCCGAAGCCCACCAAGGUCACCGUAUCUGUACAUCUUGUCCGAAUCGGUGUGUUUUUAGACUGCGAAAAGGAGGAGGUAUCUUUCUACAAUGCUGUUACCAUGGCACCACUCUACACCUUCACUAUGGAAACAGUUGAGGUUCCUCUGUUCCCCUUCUAUAAUCCGUGUGACACAGAUGAGGGGAGGAACACAGCAGCACUAAAGAUCUUUAAACCUUCACUAUGAUUAGAAGCCACAGUCCAAUUGUAUAUUAUAUUAGUUGAACUAUUCUUACAUUUCGAGCUGACACUCUUAGAAAUAAAGGUACUAACUAGAACUCUAUGUAGUUCUUUGGUUUGUCCCUAUAGGAGAACCCUUUUUGGCUCCUGUUAAAACCUUAUAUAAAGGUUCCAUCUGGAACCCCUUAAAAGGGUUUUAUCUGAAACCCAGCAUAAGGGGUUAUUAUAGACUGUACAGAGAGAUGGACAACAUGUCUCCACUUACUCCCACUGUACAAAAAUGAAGCCAAAAUAUCCCGGAUAUGUCCACUGCCAUCACUGGUUACAUCAUUUGGACCCAGAGUCUGUGCUGUUGCAAUCUCUGCUAUAUCGAGUUCCUGCCCAUACACCCAUCCGACCAGUCAAAAGCGGCUCCACUGAUCUCGAGCACACCGACUGGCACGCAUAGCUGUCAUUCA